AUGAGGAGAGGAAUUUCUAGUGAUUUUGCAGAUUUUAUUGAAUCUUACCCUUUGAAAAGAACAACAAUACCUUAUUUGGAUGGUAUUUGGACUUGGAUUGAUUGUAAUCCUAAAAAUGUGGAAAAAUUCUGUAGAAUAGACUCUCAAGAAAGCAUUACUGAUCAUGAAGAUAUAAUUGAUGAUUACUACUCUAGAAAAACAGUAAAGCAGUUAUCUAAUAAAAAUCUGGACAAACUAAACAAAUUAAAUUCUGUUUCACAACAUAAUAAGACCAUUAUAAAAAGUGAAAAUCAUGAAUCUUCUGAUUUUGAUUCUAUCGUUAUUUUACACGGUAUUUCGGGUACUGCUGGUGAAUAUUUUAUGUUUAUGAAAAAUAUGCUAAAAUGUGGAUAUAGAAUUAUUUCCGUACAAUAUCCUAUUUAUGAUGAUAUUAAUGAUUGGAUAAGAUCAUUUUCUCUUUUUUUGGAUCAACUUGAGUUAAGUUCAAUACAUUUAUAUGGUAGUGAUUUAGGAGGAUAUUUAAGUAUCAUGUUUUCACAAGAAUACCCAAAUAGAGUAAAAUCACUAAUAUUAUGUAAUGCUUUUUUAUCAACAUUAAAUCUACCAAUACCAUCAAUAGCUUCCACAUUUUUAUAUUUUUGUCCACAAUUUAUUCUUAUAAAGCUAAUUUCUGAAAUAUUUAAAAAUAGAGAAAUUUUAUACUCCUCAAUAGAAGAUAUGGAUUUUAAUUCAACCAUUUCUAAUGAUAAUAAUUGUAACAGUAAUAAUAUAUACGAUAAACUAUAUAAUCAAUCAUUAAAUUUUGUAAUUGGACAAUUAUAUUCUCUCUCAAAUAAUGAUCUAGCUUCUAGACUAAGUUUUGUAUUAUCAGGUGAUGAAACAUCGUCCAUAUUAAAUUUAUCAAAAUUCUCAAGUUUAUUAGAUAAUAAAAGGAUUACAUUUAUUUAUAGCCCAGAUAACUCUUUUGAUGAUCAUAAUUUCAUUAAUUCUAUCACCAAAUUUGAAAAUGUUAAACUUGCUCAACUUAAAUAUGGUGGAGAUUUUCCUCAUCUUUCAAAUCCUGAUGAUAUCUCCUUAUUUUGCCAAGUACAUCUCAGAAAUUGUAAUGCUAAAAAAUUUGAUUCCUCCUCAUUUAUUAAUAAUGAUGCUUUGAAUAAUAAACAAAAUUCUACUACUAACUUAUCAAACUCUAACUCUAUUUCCAGUCCAACUAGUUCUAAUUUUUAUGACAUGCCUUAUCCAGGUAACAUCAUCCAUCAUGAAUCAUCAUUUGACUAUAAUAUUAUUAAUUGA